CUCAUUGGCCAACAGUUGUGGUGGGGGUGGAGUCGUAUCGUUUGGUAUAAAUACUCCUACCACUGUUUCUUGCCUCGACUACAAACCGGCUAGGUGUGCUGGGUGUAGAAGGCUUACAAGCGGCGUGAAGCGCGGAUUCCUACAGGUUGCCGCAACUUUUUUUUUUCUUUCUUUCUUUCUUUUUUUUUCUUUCUUUCUUUCUUUUUUUUUCUUUUUCUUUUUUCUUUUUUAUUUUACCAGAGUCUACAGAGAGCGAAAAUAAAACGGCGCCACUCCACUAGAGAUUAGAGCGUGGUUUUUGGAUGUCGGGGGGAACUGUUGAGCGCUUAGUGUAGUACUCUGUGUGCCUCGGUCUGUCUCUCCGGCUUGACCAAUGCUCCUGCAUCAGUACAUGAACGGAUCCCUGGAAGUCAUGCCUCCCACACCGGUCCAGAAAGACACGACGUUCACCAAAAUCUUCGUCGGCGGGCUGCCGUACCACACGACUGACGCCUCGCUCCGAAAAUACUUCGAGGCUUUCGGGGACAUCGACGAGGCAGUUGUGAUAACUGACAGACAGACCGGUAAAUCCAGGGGCUACGGCUUUGUGACGAUGACUGACCGAGGAGCCGCAGAGAGGGCCUGCAAGGAUCCCAACCCCAUCAUAGACGGUAGAAAGGCCAACGUCAACCUGGCGUACCUGGGCGCCAAGCCCCGCAGCCUGCAGACAGGCAUAUCCAUCGGAGUGCAGCCCAUCCACCCGGCACUCAUCCAGAGGCAGUAUGGGUUGACCCAGCCGUACAUCUACCCCCAAGCGUUUGUGCAGCCCAGCCUGCUGCUGCCCACCCAGGUGUCGGCUGCCUCGGUCGGCACCAGCCCCUACCUGGACUACAGCUCGGCCUACGCCCAGUACGCCCACGCCGCCUUCGACCAGCAGUACCCCUACGCCGCCUCCCCGGCCGGCUUCCUGGGCUAUGGCUACACCACCAGCCCCACAGCGUCCGCCGGCCCGUCCGCCGCCGCCACCACGGCAACAGCCACCGUGCACCCCACCUUGCCCUCCGCCACCGCCCAGGCCCCGACCUUCCUGCACUACGCCCCGCAGCAGCACAUCCAGCCAGAGAGGAUGCAGUGAAGUCGGAGGAGUCGACGGGGGGAAGACGGGGGGGGCAGGAAGUGGAAGAGGACAAAAGAGCAGACCCCUGUAGGGUACCACCGCUGUCGUCAGCAGCAGGUUUCAGGAAAAACGAUGUUGGGAUUAUUGCACUAUACGACUAAGACGGGCUGCUUGCUCAUUGGUACAAGGGGAGAGAGGACUGCUGGGAGUUCAGGAGGGGAAGCCGAACCAGCAUACAGUAUGUGGUCGCUUCCCAGGGCUUCCAGAACAUGACACUUCAUUUUUUAUCAUCAUUAUUAUUAUUAUAAUUAAUAUUAUUUUAUUGUUCUCUAUUAUUGUUGUAUUAUUAAUGUCUUUGUCACUAUUUGUUUGCCAUUAUUACCCAUGUUGGCGUCGUUUCGUAGCUCAAUCAGCAGAGGUCACGCAUGUCCUUGCUAGAUAUUGAUAUUUAGUUUAGUUUUUUUUUUUUUUUUUUUGGUUUGUUUUUUCUCGGAGCCCAGAGUGUCUUGGCUGGACACGGCGGACAUUCUGAAGAUGCUGAGGGACGUUCAUGUUAGUUCUUUUUAUUUAAUUUUUUUUUCUUUCCGACGGUGGCGAUAGAGAAACGCAGCAGAGCUCUGCCUCACCAACAGACUUCCACAGCGCAGGAAAACCAGGAGAGAUUUCAACUCAGAGAAGCGACUGCACAGCUUUUUUUAUUUUUAUUUUUACACCCCAAUAUUUGAUUUCAAGAGGCCUUAAUAAAUAAAUACAAAACAAA